AUGCUUCGACGCAAGAGGUCUAAACGGCUCAGUCGGAGCAAGUCAACAGCAUCAAUUCAAAGCAAGUCUGACACCAUGGACCCAGACAUGGCUCGCCGCCAUGCAUACGCAGCAGCAACGUUAGCUUUUGCACGAGCACAGGAGAGAAGCAGUGCUGAUAUGGGCUACAGCCACGGUAACCCGAGAUCGAGGCAAAACACGUCGAGUCAAUCUGAGCAGACUUCGUUUUCUCAGUCAACAACUACUUGUUCGAACAAGGGCGAACCUACUCUUCACCGCCAAACUAGUGUUCGCUUUGCUGGUCCAAAUGCCGUACCAAGAAAGCGGUCUGUCACGAGAAGAACGUCGAGUUCACUACAGUCAAAAGCUAGUUCAUCUGCUUUAAGGCCAGUCGCCAUCACCACCGACGCUUCUGUCCCAGGGGCAUAUCGCCCACCAGAUCGUUCAUCUUCAAUCGGGAAAGCGAACACAGGGAGCUUCGUUACAACCCUCUCAGCAUAUGACGAAUACUACAGGCACGAGGAUGAAAUCCCAUCGACUCCAUCAUCAUACCGUCGUAUCCGCAAGUCCAAAUCGACCUUCGGUUUAUUCAAGCCUCCUAGCAUUUUCUAUUCGACUGGAAGUCCCAACGGGUACUCAUCCGCAUAUAACCGACGUCGAAGCAGCCUCUCUGGCUCUCGGACACCUCAGAGUCAACAAUACCAGGCCCCGUUACGUGCCCCAAAAUCCAUGAGCUUCCUCAGGGGCGGGAGGACAAGUACUCUGCGGCAAUCAAACGACGAGGCGGUUCAAAUGGCACGCGACAGGUUCUUCCAGGAAGCAACCCAAGAGCGCCUUCGAGAACAACCAUCUUUUCUGUUCAGAUCUAGGGCCCAGAGACAAGAGAAGCCAUUUCGGAAGUCUCUUCGAAGCAGCAGCAUGAAUAGCAGUGCUUUGCCCGUUGCGUCGGCCAAUCAACAAGUGACUUCGAAGGAACCAAGUUUAAGAGAUAAAGCUCGGCAGGCUUCGAAAAGCAUCAGAAGCAAAAUCAAGCGGGUUUUUGGGUUUUCCAAGGACAAGCCGGUGACUGUUCCUAACCAGCAAGUUGACGCACGCGACACACACGUUCAAGAUUAUUUUCCCGGUCCAAAUUCAGUUCAAGGGGCCUACUCUGAUAUCCCAUAUCCAGACGAUGCUCAGCGCUCGCGUGCGGCUUCUCGGACGUCGUUGCGUGGUCCUACUUCGAGUGAGAACCUCAGAUCACGCCCCAGCAGCCUCAGAAGUGGUCGAAGUGCUAGGAGCCUUAGGUCAGAGCAUAGCGGCGAUGCUUCCCGUGUUACCAGCUGGACCAGCACAGCCGCCAAUACCAUUACAAGUCAGGGCGCGCGGAUACUUUCUGCGAAAGAGCAGCAGCGCCUUUCCAUAAUCAGAGAACAUGGGACGCAUAUUCCCUCGUCCAACUUCAAACGCCUCCCUUCCACGAAUCAAAUUUCAGUCAAUCCCAUGACCCGGCACACAGGGAGAAGCUCUAGGGACGCACCACCUCCGGUUCUAAGGCUUGUUAAUAGCGCCAGAGUCUAUUCGGCUCUGAUGAAACGGUUGGAUGAAAACAGUCCAAAUCAAAUCCUUCCGGAGUCCUGCAGGGGCAGUCUGGAAAAUAUCUCUACCCCAAGAAACGUCCAGGGUCCUAGCAGCUCUGUCGACAGUGGCCGUGGUAAUCAGACAGGAACCACGAUCAGACAGGUACAAGAAGAAGGCACUACCAGCCAUACCACCAACGUUGAAGGGUCAAUCAGGCGCGGUCAUCAGUGGCCACACCCCAGUUCGAUUCCCGCUGCCCAGACAGGAGCUGUGCCUGGGUACACGGGGGCGCGACCACACCAAUGGAGAACAUCUGAUCUUGCUCAUGGGGCACACGUGAGAAAUGAUGAUGAUGUUUUCGCCCAGGGCUUUGCUCCAGAUGCGCAACAUCGAGGACAGAGUUCAUCUAAUACCUCUACAUUAAUUAUUUCUCGACAAUCCAACACUAAGCCCUCGUGCUACGCCAUCCCUGGGGGUUCAGUCCACACCCCCCAAGAAAUUGCGCUGCGGAAUGAGCCAGUUAUCCAGGAGCGUAGGCUUCGUCGAGAAUCAAGAUCAGCGUUCUUUGGCGGAUCACAAGUCACAAUUUCGAGGAAUACAAGUCCGUUUCGAAGGGCAAUGGCUGAAAGUGAACACAAUCCUGCAGCGGUUUAUGGCGGUGCUCCGGGCUAUUCUCCGGGUGGAAAUAGCCUUUUUCAAGAGCCGGAACAGAUUACAGACGAGGCUGAGAAUAUCGACAAUGAGAACUCACCUUGCGCUUAUAGCGCGAGUUUAUAUUCACGAACUACAGGGGGACAAACGCUAGGCCCUGCCAAUAGCAAUAUAUCGUUACUCGUGGACGAACAGCAUACUCCAGAUCCGCUACCGCAUAACAUGAGUACCGGAGAUGUUGUUAUUAUAGAUAGAGCUACCUACCGUCCAUCGAUGCCAAAUAGCUAUGGCAAUCACGUCACCGUAUCAGCAGGCUCCCACGAGUGGAAGAGGUGGAUGUCCUCGGAGGUUGCGAAACUCGAAAGAUCCAAAGAGAAUAAACCGAGCAACUCUUAUGUCAAUUAUGCGUUACCUACAAUGCCCAAGUCCCUUCACACUAAACAUACCCUUGAAAGCGCCCAGACAGACGGAGCAGACGACCGGAUCGUUGUGCAGCAGGCCAUAGUUGUGGAGCAGCCUUUAGGAGUUAUUUCUCACCAGAACCCUAACAUCUCAAAUCUUUCCUUCCCGAGACCUAUAUUGAAGAACAGGUCUCAGGUCUCACUUGUCGAAAAUGCAGAGCCAACGAGCGGCAGCAUAUCCUCUACCCCAAUUCCCGUCCCGCCACCACCUCCACCUCCAAUUCCUAUUCGCUCUCCUCUUCGGUCCCCUAAAUCAAAAACCCCUUGCCGCUCUGCCAAUGGUUACAACCCAACAAGCAGUAUCUCAAGUAUGGAUGGAACGCGUUCCCUUCACAACAGGCAUGGUCCGAGAGGUACCCUUCGAAGCGUAAGAAGCUUCGAGACGCCAGUAAACGUGUUGAAGAAUUAUAGUCGACGUUUCCCACCCGUACCCAGCCUUGGCGAAAGCCUCAACUCAGCAGUCGAGAAACAGUUUAGUUCCCUUUCUACGAGAUCGCGAACUCCAGCCCGUUCUACGAGUCGAGAGAACGGGAAGUCGAAUAUGACCUUGACCGGAGGAACUGAUGAUAUUUAUGGGACGGAUGGGGCUGGGUUGAUGGGACCUGAUGUCGGUGAACAGAGUGAAAGGGCUGCGCAGGUUAUGGGUAGUAAGAGGAUGGUGGAGCUUUUUCUUAGCAGCCGGAGGAAGAGGAUCACGGGAGGGAGCGGGGAUAGUGGAGUUUUUCUUUAA